GCCCGCCCGUCCCUCGGGGAGCUGGGAGCGGAGAGCGCCUCGGAGGGCUCGGCCUUGGUAGGAGACGCCGGUGUUUGCACUGCGCAGGAACGGGACGAGCAGCUCGCCUUUCUGCUACGCCAGCCCGGAUCCCUGGCUCUGUCCUGCACCUUCCACCGGCUCCCCGGGGCUGUCCCCCCAGUCUGCUCCCUGCAGGACCCCCCCUGCCCAGCGUUGCCCUCUGGUCCCCGCAAAAUCCAGCAAGAGAUGGAGGGCGAUCCCGCCCUGCGCCUUCGUGUCUUUGACCUCAACUGCUGGGCCAUUCGCUACCUGAGCAAACGGCGGCAGGAGCGCAUCCGGCUCAUCGGGGACAUGCUGCGCCAGGAGGACUUUGAUCUGGUGCUUCUUCAGGAGGUGUGGAGUGAACGGGACUACAGUGACUUGAAGGUGAAACUAGGAGGCUGUUACCCCUUCUCUCAUUACUUCCGCAGUGGGGUGAUCGGCAGCGGCCUCUGCGUCUUCUCCAGGUUCCGCAUUCUGGACACGCUCCUCUACCAGUACUCGCUGAAUGGGUACCCCUACAUGCUCCAGCAUGGGGACUGGUUUUGUGGCAAAUCCGUUGGCCUUGUCAUCAUCAGGAUCUCAGGGAUCAUCUUCAACAUCUAUGUCACCCACCUGCACGCCGAGUACUGCCGGGAGAAGGACGCCUACCUGCCCCACCGCCUGGUGCAGGCCUGGGAGCUGGCACAGUUCAUCCGACACACCUCCAAGGCGGCUGAUGUGGUGCUGCUGGGAGGGGACCUGAACAUGCACCCCGAAGAUGUGGGCAUCCGGCUGCUGCGUGGCUGGACGGGGCUGCGGGAUGCCUUUGCUGAGGCCGCACACUUUGAGGGCUGUGAGGAUGGUUGUACCCUUGUCCCCAACAACUGCUUCACGGACAAAUCAGAGCUGCUGCCCUUCCCACUGGGCAUCCGCAUCGAUUACAUCCUCUACAAGGCCAUCUCCAGCUUCAUGGUAAAGUGUGAAGAGCUGAAGACCACCACAGGGGCAGCUCCGGGCAUGGACGUCCCCUUCUCAGACCAUGAAGCUGUGAUGGCAACACUGCACAUCCAGAGGCAGAGACAGGCUGCGGGUGCCACCCUCGCCACUGCUGAGCCAAUGCUGGUAGAUGUGGUGACAGAGGCACGGACAGAGGUGGCCGUGGGGCUGCGGGCAGCACAGCGGCAGCGCUACUCCUCGGGCAGGAUGGCCUUGCUGGCCCUGCUGCUGCUGCUGCUGCAGGCCGUGGCCGCACUGGGUGCGCUGGCAGGGCUGGACGCUGGGCAGCCCUUCCCCAAGCUCUCCUUCUGCCUGCUGGCCUUCCUUGCCAUCGGCAUCCUCCUUCUUGCCACUGGUCUCCACCUGUUUCACACCAUGGAGGUGAAGAUGCUGCACAGCACCGAGGAGCAGAUGCGGAUGGUGCUGCAGACGCUGCAGGAAUGUCCCAGUGACGGCUGAACUGAGGCUGUGGGUGUCCCACAAUACCCCUCCAGUGACAGCUGAACUGAGGCUGCGGGUGCCCCACAAUACCCCUCCAGCCCCACUGUGUCCCUUUUUGAUCCUUUUUUUAGCUGGCUUCUGGCAGCAGUGCAGCCAAUGCAGUAGUGCAGGUUUGACAUUUGCCUCUGAGAGAAAUUAAGAUAUUGGGGGUAGAUUUGUUGCACUGGCCCUUGUGGGAACUACGAUGGACGUGGGGUUUUAUUGCUUUUUAAAUACACCCUUUGUACCUGGAGGGACCUGCUGGCCUGGUUGGGAGGCUUGAAAGACUCAGGCUCCCCAUGCCUGGGGUGGAACGCCGGUGAUUGCUCUAACAACCAGAUUUGACUCAGAUAGAAAAUAAAGGUGGUAUUUUAGCCCUU